UGAUCCAUUUCUAAUAAACAAUAGAAAUGACUUAAAUACAACCUCUGCUGUCAUCUUCUCAUGUGUAGGCUCAACCGAGAACUGUGCACGGACAGAUAAUGUAUCGAUCACUCAGUCGGCGUUGAUUAGAGCCCACACACUCACUCCCAGCAGAUUAUGUUCUCAGUGAUCCAACACCAACGUCAAUAGUUCUUGUUCACGCUGCUUCGAGCCCUUUAUUAAACCUUGAAGAAAACCAGUACAUCUCCCCAUUUAUUCAGACAAAUGGCUCCUUUCUGCAAUCUAAAAGUACAUUUCUGUGUUUUCUGCCGAAGCUGAACAUUGGUAGGCCUUCUGUUUAUUCAGUCUCACUGGGUUUUGACCUCAAAUGCCCCUCAGCUCCGGGUCUGCCUCCUGCAUCUCUCCCCUGCCUGUAGUCUGGAGUCUCUGGGAGGGUGCUGAUGAUGGGACUGACGAUCACUGGGGCGGUAAUGACAUCAAAUAGAGCAAAUAUUCAAUAAGGCUUGAGAUGAUUCACUGCUCCUCUGCACCAGCAAAGCCCCCACACCGGAGUGAGUCAGCUCUCCUGCUCGUCUCCCCUCUGCUUGUUUUUCACCCGGGAUCCCAGUGCUCUCAUUCACUUGAUGUGAAAAGCAGCAGCAGUGAAUUUAGAGAGGCAAACAUGAAAAGGCUUUCAGUGCCUGUAACCUCGCAAUACGGGGAUGUCAUGGUGAAGCUGGGCGAUGCUUUGUUCAGAUUAGACAUUAGACUUUGGUUAGUGAUAUACUGUCCCUCACAAAGUCACACAUUCUGAAUGUGCAGUAUUGAGCUGUACUAGCUGAGUGAAAUGUAAACAGAAAAGCUAAUGUUCUCUAUAUAUAAUUAUAUUUAGUUCUCUAUCUAUCUGUAUGUAUAUAUGUAUGUUAAACAUUUUGUUUCAAAAUGCCCUUAUUUCUAAAAGUCUAUUUUGGCAUUUUUAUUUUUAUUCUCUUUUCGUUCAAAUUUCGAACCAUAACAACGACAACGUGUAUCCUCGCGACUGCUGACACAAAAGUGGUCUGUAGUUCGUUCAUUCCUGAAAGUCCGCUGAACAAGUGUAUUGUUGGCUGAUGCCUUUGUUUACUUUGAGCUUGACUUAAAAAUGAUGGAAGUUCAGCAGGAUCGUGAGCCGGACCCCGCACCGGAACCCGAGCCGGAAUCCGAACCGGACCCCAUAGACCUUCCCAGCUUCGCUGAGAAAUGUUGUUACUACAUCUUGAAGCACGCAUUCCUCCUUUCAACUCUGGCAGCUGUUGCCAUCGGGUUUGGAUUGGGGAUGCUUUUCAAGACCUACGUCCCUCUUACAGACCGUAACAAGUUCUUCUUCGCCAUGCCAGGAGAGAUUCUGCUGCGGAUGCUUCAGUUUCUCUCCGUUCCUCUAAUUGUGACAAGUGUGGUCAGAGGAGCAGCUGCCCUGAGUCUUUACAGCUCCCUUAAGAUAGGCGUGCGUAUGGAAGUGUACAUUGUCUCGACGACUAUUGUGUCUGUGGUUAUAGGAAUGAUCCUGGUGCUGCAGCUCAAGCCUGGGAUUGCUCGCACUAUCGACCAAGAUGGACUGAAGGGAAUGGAGAAGUUCUCCAUCAUACAUACCUUGGUGGAUCUACUGAGUAACCUGAUGCCACAGAAUGCUUUCCAGGCUUCCUUCCAGCAGUACAAGACUACGAGGGUGGUGUUUAGGAGUCACAUACCGAAUGCCACUGAUAUGCAACUGAUCGGUCACUACGUCCCCGGAGCAAACACGCUGGGCCUGAUGCUGUACUCCUUCGUUGCUGGUCUGAUCCUGACGAAGGUCGGAGAAAGUGCAGAAAUCGUCCUGGAAGUUGUCACCGUCCUCAACAAGGCCACCAAAAUUAUCAUCGACUGGGUUCUGUGCUACUUGCCAGUAGGAGUGGUGUUCAUGAUUGGCAGCCAUGUUGCUGAAGGUCGUGACUGGGAGACUAUCUACAGUCUGGCGAAGUUCAUGGGUGUGAUUGUUAUUGGACUCGCAAUCCAUGCAGUUAUAGUUCUGCCGAUGGUUUAUAUUCUGUGGACCAGACGUAACCCGUUGAUCGUCAUUCGAGGGGUUUUUCCUGCCUUACUGAGUGCGUUGAUCAUCUCCUCCAGCUCCGCCACACAGCCGAUCACUUUGGAAUGCUGUGCGGAGAGAAACCGCAUCGACUGCAGGAUCACCCGCUUCAUGGUGCCCAUCAUGACCAGUGUCAACAUGGACGGGACGGCCCUUUAUGAGGCGGUCGCCGUAGUUUUCAUCACCCAACUCGGCAAACUCGACCUGGACUUGGGCCAGAUAAUCAGCAUCGCAGCGCUUUCAGCUAUCUCCAGCCUCGGAUCAGCAGGGGUCCCGGCGACAGGAGCCGUGACCACCAUCUGUAUUUUAGCAGCACUGGGCUUACCUGCAAAGGACGCCUCCAUCUUGGUGGUCGUAGAAUGGCUGCUAGACCGCUGCUGCACUGUCGUGAAUGUGUUGGGAGACAGCAUCGGCGUGGCACUGGUCGCCCAACUGUCCGAUGGGGACCUGGGAGAAUUGGAUGCAAGAAUGAACACCACAGCUAAUGAUGACGCUCAGGAACACGUCCAGGAAGAGCAGGUCCAUUCCAGCACCUGAGCUCCAAUGAGCCCCUUUGCAAUCCACCAGAAUGUAAUGUGAUGUAAACAGGGUUGCUUCUGAAAAGGUUUCUCCAGAGCCAAAACAAAAGUAUUUUAAAGUAGUGUAGCAGUACAGUUGUUGUUUUUUGAAUGUACUAAUGUAAUGCAUUGUGUUCAGUAAUGUAGUGGCCUUCAAUAGAUGUACAAUAUAGAUUUUAUUGGAGAGGAAUAUGCCGAAAUCAUACUAAGAGGUUUUGCAAACGUGGGAUCCAAGUGACUCAGUGAAGGAAGAAAGUCCACAAUAUUUAGUUUGUCACUGUGUGCGACUGUCUGUAUGGUUGGCCGCCAUGUUGUAUGUAAUUCAUGGGGAGGACAAUAUUUGGCUUAUAAAAUGUGUGUAGGGGGGAGGUUUUUGUAACUUCGGGUUCCGGGGGACGCCCAUGGAGCUAGGUUCACAAUGUUCAUUGGUAUCUAGUGGAAGGAUGAUGAUCUAUGUUUUUGUUUUUUGUUUUGUUUGUAUUUUUUGUGUCCGGGAUUGGUUGUUUGUGUGGUUGGCAGGUAUGUUGCGUGCUGUUCUGUUUGUGAGUGGCAUGUCGCACUCCUGUGUAAACUGAAAAUAAAAAGAUUGAAAGAUGUACAAUAUAAGAACAGAUGCCAUUUUUGAAUUUCUGUAAUUGAUCUAAAUGUAUUUGAUUUGUAUUGAUGUAAUGGAUGGAUAGUAUAAGUGGUUGUGGAAUUACAUUCAUUUAAAUCAUCUCUAUUGAUUCUAAUGGUAUUUUAAAAGUAAGUAAUCCCAGGGGAACACACACACACACACACACACACACACACACACACACACACGUAAAGGUAAAAAACCAGGAAUGCACCGUGUCUCUCUGCAACUACAAAGUCUAUUUGAUUGAUCUUAGUAUCAAAAUAAAGCUAACACUACAGAGGUGUAAGCAUCAGUGUAUAUGUAACUGGGUCAGGCUAAAUGAAGAUGACACAGCAUAAAUUAAAAUGAAACAGACAGACAAGAGUAAAAUAAAAGUUAAAAAAAAAAGAAUGAACCUAAAAAUGAGCAUAGUAUGUCUCCUUUAACAAAUAAUCUUUUGGCCGUUUGGGUACCGUCUGUGCCAUUUAGUUCUCAUUUAGUUUCAUUGUACAUGUCACUAUAGGUAUUAAAUGAAUCUAAAUGCAACUGAUUGGGGCUUUGUUUUGAAAGCGAAUCAAUCAGAACUCUACUCUUUACUCAAAGAAAAAAAACAAGCUGUCAUGACUGUAUUGAAGGCCAAUACUUUUAGGAUAAUUGCACUGCCAUGAUUCAUCCACCAGCUCACAGACUGAACCGUGCUUUCACGUGCAAGGCUGCGGAUUGUCUGUCUGAUGCUGUAGGAAGGCCGCGUGAAAACAUAUACCGACGGUUGGAAUGCACCUAAAAGCGUCUUUUGGUCGUCUCAACUUUUCAUAUUGACUUUGUUUGUGUAGGUAACAUGAAGUAGCAAAAUGGCUAGCAGCACUCGGGUCGCAUGCACCGUUUUGCAGUCUGCUCAUUUAGUCGCUUGGUGUUGAAGUUGAGUCUCGUUGAGUUAAAAAUGGUUCUCAUGAGCUUCGUUUGUUCCGAUACUCAGAAGAAAGGAGCACCACGUGCAGCUAAAUAUUUUUGAAGCUGGAGAUGUUUUUUUGGCGAUUUGUGGUGAAAAGAUAUCUUUAUCAACAAAACCAGAUAUGUUUUUCAUUUAUCACCAUUGUUCUUAUGGAGGUUUUGACAGAGAAUCGCACUUUAUUUAUAACCUAGCAGACUCUUCUGAAUAGCAUGAUAUGGUUUCUUUAUUUUCAUUCUUCACACACUAAAAGAUUCAUGUUUUUUCCAUUGGCAUUGGAUAUAUUUUCAAUUGUGUUAGCCAAUUCUUUUUUUAACAUUCAGAAAUAAAUGAAUGAAUAAAACCUAUGUAUGAAUCAUGUGUGCCACCGAUAUUAGCCUGAAGAGAAGCGUUUUUAUUUAACUUUUUCACACUGUUUUUACAGAUUGAAAUAACUGCCUUAAGGUUUUAGAUUUUUGCUGUUACGGUCAUGUUUAGACAUUUUGAAGGUGUGUGUAGUAGAGUUUGUGCAAGAUGGGUGAGGUUAGGCCGUCUGUAAGUAACAGUCUGGAUGUGAUGGUCUCAGGCAAUACAUUGAGUUGGGUUGACAUCAUUGGGCAGAAAGUGUCAUGCAUAGUAGCCCAGUUAAUGUGCUCUGAUCACUUUCAAGGUAUUGAAAUUAGAUUUUUAGAGAGAAAUCCCUUCAUAAUGAAAAGAGUGAAACUUUCAAGGACCACACUUUUCCAGCAAUA